AUGGAUGGCUCAACCUAUAUUUGUAUAAAACAAUUUAAUGCAAGAUUAGGUGAUGAAUUAAGUCUUAAAAUUGGUGAUAAAAUCCAAGUUUUAGCUGAUGAUAGAGAAUAUAAUGAUGGUUGGUAUAUGGGUAAAAAUUUAUUAACAGGUGAUGUUGGUUUAUAUCCAAAAACUUUUACUCAAAUAUUUAGUACAACAAAUAAUGAAGAUAAAACUUUAUUAAGAUCAAGGUCAAGAAGAGUAAUGACUCCACCAAGUAAACAAAUACAAAAUGAAAAUUCUAAUGAUCAUAGUAGUAGUGGUAACAAUAAUGCACCAUUAAAAUCAAGUAAUCUAAAUCCAAAUAAAUCAACUGAUUCAAAUAAUAAUGUUCAAGAAAAUUUUGAAAAAUUAAAUUUAAAUGAUUCGAAUGGAUCAAAUCAUUUAAAUAAUGAAAUUGAUAGAGCAUUAGAAGAAAUUCAAGGAAACAAGAGCAGUCAUAGUCAGAAUAAUAAUGUUUCAUCAACUUUGAACCCAUAUAGUAGUACUACUUCCAAUAAUAAUCACAAACAGUCAAAUAUAGUAGCUAACAGUUCAAAUAAUGGCAAACAACACAUAAGGAAUCCAUCAGCACAAUCUUUAACUGAUGAUUUAAAUCCAUUACAAGCUAGUAAUUGGACUCCAAAACAAGUUUCAUCAUAUUUUCAAUUAGUUUUAGGAUAUGAUAAAGAAAUUGCGAGUAAAUUUGCUAAACAUAGAAUAACAGGUCAAAUAUUAUUUGAAUUAGAUUUAGGACAUUUAAAAGAAUUAGAAAUUGAUUCAUUCGGAACAAGAUUUGAAAUUCAUAAAGAAAUUGAAAAAUUAAAAGAAAUGAGUUUAAGAUCUCAAAAAUUAAAACAACAAUCAAGAACUAAUUCACAAUCUACUGGUUCAACUUCAAAUAAAAAUGAUACUACCACCACUUCAUCAACUUCACAUUCAUCUCCUACUGAAUUAACAACUUUCCAUGAAAAUGAUGAUGAUAAUACUAAAAGUUAUGAUCAUCAUAAUCAUCAACAAAAUUUCUUACAUAGCGUAAAAUCCAAUCAAAAUGAAUUAAUGCCAUCAGCUGUCAUUGGAAAUAAUACUAGCUCAUCAUUAAAACAUCAAAGAAAACGAUCACAAUCAAUGGAUAAUUCAUCUCAACAUUUUGAUUCUUCAUUUGUUUCUCCAAGAAGACCACCACAACCUCCAAGUGAAACUCCAAUGGAUACUAAUUAUAAAUUUGGUGCUGGAAGUCAAAGCAAUGAAGAACCACCUACUCCUGGAUUAUAUAUGACUAGAACAAAUGCAUCAAAUCACGCUUUAAAUUCAUCAAGACCUGCUUCAUCAGUAUAUGAUCAAGGAUCAACUCAUAAUAGACAAUUUUCACAAACUUCAAAUUAUCGUCAACAUCAUAAAAAGACAUCAUCAACUGCAAACAAUCAUAGAAGACAUUCAUCUUUAUUUUCAUUCCUUUCUGGUAAUGAUGAUGAAUCUAAUAAACCAAAAUUACAAAGUAAAAAUUUACAAAAAGAUGAUCAAAUUCGUCAAGAUGAAAAAUUAAUUAGUCCUGCACAAAUCAAAAAAGAUAACAUUAUUCAUCAAAAUAAUAAUACAACACCUAAACGUAGAUCACAAAUCUUUGAUCUUUCAAGUUCACCCGUUGAUAUUGAUGAUGCUAAUAUGUCUCCUAAAAAACUGAAUUCCAUUUCAAUGAAAACAAGACCUAACGAAACAUUAAAAGAUGAUCGUAGAGUUGCAAGUGAACCACAAUCAAAUACCGGUUCUCGUCCACAAGCAUCAAGAUUAAAAAGUUUUAGAACUGUUUCAACUCAAAAUUUCCGUAAUAUGACUGGAUCUAAAAAACUGAAAACUUCUGCAUUUACUGAAGGUAUAAGAGAUAUUACACCAGAUGAAGCUAUUAAAAGUGCUAAUCAUAGUGGAUAUAUGUCAAAACGUUCAAGUAAUACAUUAGCUUGGAGACAAAGAUAUUUCACAUUACAUGGAACAAGAUUAUCAUAUUUUACAUCAUUAAAAGAUAAAAAGGAAAAAGGUUUAAUAGAUAUUACUGCUCAUAAAGUUAUUCCAAUAAAUAGUGAAGCUGAUGAUUUAGAUAAAGCAGAUAAAUAUGCAGCAAUGUAUGCUUCAACAACAAUGGCUGGAAGUUUUUGUUUUAAAAUUGUUCCACCUGCACCUGGUUUUAAAAAGGGUUUAACUUUUACACAACCAAAAACCCAUUAUUUUGCAGUUGAAUCUGAAGAAGAUAUGAGAGGUUGGAUAAAAGCAUUAAUGACUGCAACUAUUGAUAUUGAUGAUUCAGUUCCUGUAGUUAGUAGUUGUUCAACACCAACAGUUUCAUUAACUAAAGCUCAAGAAAUGUUGGCAAAAACAAGAGAAGAAAAUAAAUUAAAAGAUGAAGAAUUAAGAGCAAAAGGUUAUAUUAGAGGUGAUGAAGAUUUUUCAAAUGAUACUUCAUUUCAAUCAUCAAUGUAUUCAACAUCAACUAGUAAUGGUAAUUUAGGUGAAAAAACAGCAUUACCUAAAUUAACGAUAAAUACUCAAAAUCAUAGACAUAGUAAUUUAGAAGCACCACCAUUAACUCCAAAUUUACCAACAAAAUCAUCAUCAAGUCAUCAAAGUGGAGGUGGAUUUGCUUCACCUUAUCUUUUAGCUUCAGGUUAUUUAUCACCAAGAUCAGGAACAACAUCAUCACCAAGUGAAACACCAGCUUCAACUAAUUCUGGUUAUUUUGCAGAUCCUCCUCAUCAUCAUAAUGGAUCAACUUUUAAACCACCAUCUCGUCAAAAUUCUCAAAAUAAUACUAAUGUAACUACAACUCCAAAUAUGAAUAAUAAUCCAUAUACAACUAUUAAUACGAAUAGAUAUAGUGAGAAUAUAUCAUCAACACCAUAUUCUACAGCAUCAUCAAAUAAUUCACAACUGAAUAUAAUAAAUCCAGUUACUCAUAUAAAUGGAAAUGGUGGGACAUCAAGUCCAAGAGAUGAUAUAAACAACAGCACAUCAGCAACUUCAACACCUUCAUCUUCUUCUAACAAUAAAGCACUUUUUUCAAAUUCAGCAGGUAAAGUUUUAAGUGGUAGAAGAAAAGAAAAAAUGAUGGCUUUUAGUUCUGAUGGAUCUGGUAAUCAUACAUUUGUUAUAAAACCUAAAAAAUAA